CACAUUUUUACAAGCUUCUGAAGCCCUCAGUUAUUAACACUCAUCGGCGUCCACCGACCCUUUUUCUCUUCGCCUUUUUCGCACAACCGUUUUCUUCCAAUUCUUUGAGCCGAAGGAGACUCACCUGCGAUUUUUUGAGAGGGAAAAGGAAGAGGCAACCUUUCUUUUCUGCUACGUUCGUGUUAACCAUUUCGGUCGAUUACGCACUGCCACUCGUCCUGCUUGGACGAAUUCUGUCCCGCUGCCCAUCUUUUCGCACAUUGACAGCCCCAGAAGACAAAAUGACUGCGCCGCCCCUGGUCCUGCAAUGGGGCCGUGAGCGCUACCUGCUCAAAUACGAAGAGAACGAUCUGCAAGAUACCACGCUGGGUCAGUUCAAGGAGGUGUGCCGCGAAGUCACCGGCGUGCCGGUCAACAGCAUGAAGAUUAUCUUCAGCGGAGCUACCCUGAAGGAGGAUAAUGUGACGCUGGGGCGCUAUGGCGUAUACACAGGGGCCACGAUGAAGAUGCUGGGUCGCAAGCACGGCAGCGAGAAGAGCGCGCCGGUGACAGCAGAGGAGCGCGAAGAAAACGCGCUGAUCCACAAGAUCGACCACAUCACCAACGAGGCAUCGGACCUGCUGCUGUCACGCAUGCAGGCGUAUCUGGCCGACGCACAACUGUUCAUCGAUCAGUUCCUGUCGACUGUGCACGAGAAUUCGGAGCACGGCGAGGCGAUGGCCGAGAUCCGCGCGGCGGAGAAGAAAAAGCUGCAUGACUCGUACCUGUUCAUUAACGAGACGCUGAUGCAGAGUUUGUUAAAGGUGGAUUGCGUCGAGUGCCCGCCCGAGGCGGACAAGGCGAGGCAGCGGCGGCGGCAGGCUGUGCGCCUACUGCAGUCGUGGAUGGACCAGAUGGACCGCAAGCGCGACGCGGUCAAGGAGGCCGAGGCUAAGCUUGGCAACGCGUAGAAAACAAAAGUGCCUAUAUUCCUCUUGUCAUUUCUAGAAGCAACCAUCACCAACGUCU